AAAAAAAAAAAAAAAAAACCCUAGAUAAAUGGAUGAGUCUCGAGGAUCUUCAGAUCAAGAGGAUGAACAAAUUGUUCAAGUCAGAGAAGCUUUGAUGUGUCCCGACGGCGAGAAAUUCGAAAUUUUACGGACGGCGAGGUUUUUAAACUACACGACGACUUCAAUUCUCGACGACGAUGUCUUCGAACUCCCUCUCGAUGCGUUCGUGUCUAGACCGGAAGGGUUUGAUCUGGAGGCGAAGGUCUCGUUUUCGGGUUGGGGAUCUCCGUCGUUGAACUGGAUCGAGUGGGUGAAUGCUAUGGCUGAGUUACACGAGAAGGUGUGGAAGAAAUCUGGAGUUUACGAGGCGAUUUUGUCGUCUAGGUAUCAGAUUAAGAGGCAUGAUGAUUUGUUUAUGGCCGAGAAAUGGUGUAUUGAGACGAACACGUUUGUGUUCCCUUGGGGUGAAGCGACGGUGACGUUGGAGGAUAUGAUUGUUCUUGGUGGUUUCUCUGUUACUGGGAACAAUGCUUUGGCUCCGGUUAAACGAGGAGGUAUGAAGGAAGUGGAGGAGAAGAUGAAGGCGGCUAAGCGUGGGAUCGAGGCGAAUUUGGAGAAGAGAUGUAGUGUUAGCUCUUGGAUGAAAGACAUGAUGAACUCAGGGAGUGAUAUUGAGCAUGAGGCGUUUAUGGUUUCGUGGCUCGCGCGUUUCGUUUUCCCUAGUUCAGGUGAUGUGUUGAGAGACAAGUUGUUUCCGGCUGCCAUUCAGCUUGCUCAGGGAGUUAGGUUGUGUUUGGCUCCGGCUGUUUUAGCUACGAUUUACCGGGAUCUCGGUGUUUUGAAAGUGCAUCUCAAUGGUUGUAGUGAGAGAGAGACAUUGGUGGUGAAGUCUCCGUUUCAGUUUGUGCAGGUUUGGGCUUUAGAGAGAUUCAUGUCGUUGCAGCCACCAGGCCAGCCAAGUCAGUUAAAGCCUGGUGAACCACGGAUAGCGCGCUGGCAUUAUCAUGGUGCCGGUCAGGAUGUGUACGGCUACCCUGAGGAUAUCAGAGCCGUUUUGGACUCGGCCAAAGAGAGUUUUGACUAUCGUCCAUACACAAAGCCUGUGAAUAACUUCAAGUUCCCAAAGUUUUAUGUGGAAGAUGACUGUUGGGUUCGUGUAAAAUCUGAUGAGACUGUUGUAGCCUUUGGUCGGUGCUUGAGGUUCGCUAAACUGGUUGGUUUAGAUUGCGUUGAACUUUAUCAUCCUCACCGUGUGGCAUUGCAGUUUGGUUAUGAUCAGGAUGUUCCCGGCGUAGUUCCAGCUAGAAGUGAGACGCCGGAAUUGGCCUGGAAAGAUUAUAUCCGUCCGAUUGCUGAUGGAAUGUUGUACUUUCCUGCCCGACUCCAUGAGGCUGAUGUAUCGGUUCGGUACGUUCGGUGGUGGAAGCCUUCUGUUGCGGAGUUGCAGAUUGAGGCCAAGAAAAUUUGGGCUUCACAUCCAAAGCAGAAACAAGUGACUACGACAAGUGCUGUAACAACCGAAACAAAGGCAAUAUCUCUUUCCCCAGGGAAGUGGAAAACAAAAGCUGAGGGAAAAGGUCAAGAAGUUGUAAAGAAGAGGGAAACGGAGACAAAAAUAGAGACUUCUGUUACUGGAUCAAGGAUCGAGGUGAGUAGAGCAGAUGGUCGGAGCCAUGACAGUAGUAGCUAUGCAGGGAGUCUCACAGGUUCAGAGCAAGCAGCUAAGCAUCCUUUAAAGAAGCCUGAAUGGGUUCAGAGAUCAUCACCUAGACCGAAAAAGAGCCCGGAUAGAAGUUCUGAUAAGCCUGAAUGUGUUCAGACAUCAUCAGCUCGAUCGACCAAGAGCCCUGAUGGGAACUCUGAUAAGCCUAAAUCGGUUCAGAGAUCAUCACCUAGAUCAACAAAGAGUCCUGAUAGAAGCUCAGGAAGAGCAGCGGAUGAUGUUAAGGAUCUUAAGGGAGCUCUCAGGGGCUCGGGGGGAACAAGGAGUCAGGGUCAUGUCACGUUUCAGCUUCCUAGCUCUCCUGGGAGAUCUCCAUCCGAGGCACAUACGUUGUCGCCAAAGCCAAACGGUUCUCCUGUCAAAAAACCAAGGAUGUUACCCCGGGUAGCAGACUUAGCCAAACGAUCGAGCUCUUCUCCUCGGGAUCCAAGACAUACAUCGUCUGUUCCUCUUCCUCCAAUGCGAGAGAACUACAGAACGCACCACAAUUCCACAAGCUCACGAGUUUCAAAAGAAUCGAACACGUCAUCAAAUUUCCAUGGUUCUCAUUUAAAGAGGAAGUCACCAAGAUCUCCUGAAGCUGUUAACUCGCGUGGUCACACAAAUCCCCCAAGCCCGCGAGUUUCAAAAGAACCGUACAGGUCAUCUCCUUUAUCUGGAUCUUUUUCUUCAACGAGGAUGAAGCAACCAAGAUCACCUGAAGCUUUCAGUUCGCGUGGUAACAACAAUCCCACACACGCCCGGGUUUCAAAAGAAAAGACCACGUCCCCAUCUGUUUCCGGUUCUCCUUCUUCAACGAGAAAGAAGCCACCAAGACCCUCAGAGAAUGUCAACUCGUGUGAUAAUUCAUCAUCUGGAGACAAUUCUGCUGCGAAGAGAAAUACUGACACAAACAUCACAGUUUCCAAUCAAGAAUCACCGAGAAAAACUCAACUCGAUAUCAGCAAGGCUAACAUGUUACUGGAAGAGAUGGUGACUGUGCAGGAGCAAGUUGGCGAAGAUGGUAUAGUGACAUAUCAGAUACCAAAGCAACAGUUCGAGAAUCUAAGCAAAGGGGUCCAUGAUGUUCUACAUGAUCUUCAGUCGAUUAAAUAUGCAUUGAACAUACAGGAUAAUGAUGAAUCAUAGAUCCUCAUUCUCUACAGUCGAGUUGUGUUGGUUCCAACUCAGUCAAUACAAAUAGUUUGAAAUGAGAUCCAAAAGCUACCCAAAAGGGAUAUACACAAUAUAAUCUUUUUUUUUUUGUGCACACACAAACACAAUAUAAUAAUAUAAACACUGCAAAACAACGACAUUUUCGAGUUU